AUGCCCCUCUGCAACGUAUUCAAAAAGACCCUCCCAUGGGUACAAUCACCGCUCAUCGCCAACGCCCCAAUGAGCGGCGCAGCACUCAGCGAGCUCGCUAUUGCCGUCAGCCGUGCUGGAGGACUAGGCCAAAUCGGCUACCUGGAUGAUAUGCACGAGCUGUCAACCGAGCUAGGCGUCGCGCGCGACAGACUACAAGACCUCAUGGCGACCCUUCCCGAUCCGCAGGUAUUGCCCAUCGGAGUUGGCGUGAUAGUCUUCGGAUCCCCGAUGGAAGCAUGGAUGAGGCUUUUCAAAACGCACUGUCCAGCCGUGGUUUGGCUUUCGUUCGCUGGGACAGAUGAGCUUCGACAGUGGACGGAAGCAAUUCGCCAGGCAACGCCGAAAUCGCGGGUGUGGAUUCAAUUGGGGAGCGUGAAAGCAGCUUUGGAGGUCGCGCAGGCGUGCCACCCGGAUGCCCUGGUUCUACAGGGUAGCGAUGCUGGGGGUCACGGCCAUCAGGACGGGGCUAGUAUUGUGAGCCUCAUUCCCGAAGUCACAGACACGUUCCUACACCAUGGGAUUAGCGAUAUUCCCUUGGUCGCAGCCGGUGGAAUCGUUGAUGGCCGAGGCACUGCUGCAGCACUCGCUCUCGGCGCAUCCGGGGUCGUGAUGGGAACGAGAUUCCUAUCAGCACCAGAAACAUGCAUUCCGCAAAUAUAUCGUGAUGCAAUCUUCAAGGCCUCGGACGGUGGCCAAGCUACGGCCCGAUCACGGGUAUUCGACGAAAUUUGGGGGCCCAAUUUCUGGCCAGCUACUUAUGACGGACGGUGUCUCCGGAAUAAGGUGUACGAUCAAUAUGCAUCGGGCAUGGAUAUUAAAAAGAUUCGCAGUUGGUUGGGCUCGGAAAUUAACGGUCCAGGCUCCGAGUCCCUCGAUGUUCACGAUAUGGGCAGUUUAUGGGCUGGGACAGGCGUUGGGAUGGUGAAUACGCCGCAAAGGGCGAGCGAUAUCGUUCAGGCAGUACGAGAUGAUGCCUUGAAGAGGAUUGGAUCUCUCCUUCGGGAGGAGUGA